AUGGUAGAAACAAUCAUGACUCGCUCUCAGACUCCAGCUGCACGCUUGGAAGAUCUCCCAGGAGAGCUUCCAACCAGUCGGCACCUGCUUGACGUCGACCCCACCGCCGUGGCAGCUUUUUGGGAAACUGACUUCCCAAAUUUGAAGUCUGAUGACUUAGAUGAAAACGCAAUAUGGAGAGACAUGUUAGCAUUGACGGGGACUUUCAGAACGUUCUUUUCGCAAACUCUCGUUUACGAAGCAUGGUCUGAGUUGUGCCAGCUCCGCAAGCCGAAGAACAUUCAUGUCAAUGGUGAUCAGGCAAGGAUUGUUCAGAUCAAUUCAGACCACUCCUGGAUCGAUAUCCCCUUCACAUUUGAAACCACGGCUACCGACCCAUUGGUCGAAUGCUCAGGUUUUCUCUCCGUGUACAUGGAUGGAAAUGGUUCCUGGAAGGUUUGGAUGAUCAGAACUAUACUGGAGAACCUCCAGGGCCAACCUCCUGUCGAUGUUCUCGAAGCACGUGCAAAUCUGGCCACAGAAAACACGGAUACUGCCGAUAACAACGGAGCGAGCGACAUUGCUCUAUCUUUCAACAACACUCACUUUCAAUGUAUUGUCGUCGGAGGGGGUCAAGCGGGUCUCAGCGUCGGUGGCUACCUGCAGUCACUGGGCGUUUCUUACGUCAUACUAGACAAGUAUCCAGAUGUUGGAGAUAGCUGGGAUAAACGUUAUGACGCUGUGAAAUUGCACACGGCUCGGGAAUACGCACACCUCCCUUUCGGACGCCUAUAUAAUGCAAAUCUUCCCGAGUUUCUCACCAGAGAACAAGUUGCGAAUGGCCACAGAAUGUUUGUCGAUACUUAUAGCAUUAAUGUCAAGUGCGGUAUGGAACUAGUGAAGAGUUCUUGGUCCAAAAGGGACAAGAUAUGGACGUGUGAGAUCAAACAGUCUGAUCAUAUACACACAUUGACGGCAUGUCAUGUUGUGUUUGCUGUUGGAGCUGGCUCAAGCAAGCCGAAGAUGCCUAAUUACGAUAACAAAGAUGUGUUUCGUGGAAAAAUACUCCAUUCAGUUGACUAUAAAUCAUCCAGAGACUGGAUUGGGCUCAAGGGAGUGGUGAUAGGAACAGCAAAUACUGCCCACGACGUUGCGGAUGACAUGCUCGAAUCCGGCCUUAGCUCCGUCACAAUGGUUCAAAGAGGUUCUACAUGGGUCUUGCCAGCAGAGCAUUACCUGGCCACCACAGCCCAUAUGUAUAACCAUAUUACUCCCACAGAAGUCGGUGAUCGGAUGAAUUUCUGUAACCCACUCGCAAUUUCACGCAAAGUCGCCAUGAUUAAGCUCCACGCCAUGGCCGCAGAAGAUGGUGAAAGAUUUGACGCAUUGGAGGAGGCAGGAUUCAAACUCGACCGCUUCGGGGAUAUCAUAUCUGUCCUUUACGACAAGUUGGGUGGCCACUACGUAGACGUCGGUACCUCCGCCAAGAUCUCCAAAGGCCUGAUCAAGAUUAAGUCCGACGCGGCUCCCACAAGCUAUACACCCGGCGGUCUGAUGUUCAAUGACGGUACAGAGCUACAGGCAGACGUCAUAGUCUUUGCCACAGGAUUUGUCGCAAACCUACGUGAGCUUGUUAGUGGGUACAUCGGUAAGAGCGUUGCUGACAAUGUUGAUGACUUUUGGGGUGUGGACGGUGAAGGCGAACUCAGAGCUGCGUUUAAAUUCCCAGGGCAUCCGGGUGUAUGGUUCACCGGGGGAACUAUCGGUCACGCCAGGUUUUUUGGACGAUUUAUUGCACUUCAAAUCAAGGCUGAUGUGAUGGGAACUCCGUUUACUCGAUAUGAGAAAUACCUCCCAAACAUCUAA